GUAACAGUUCAGAUUAAUAAAUUAAAGCCAUGACUGAUAAAAAAUAAAGGUUAUUUAUGUGUUACUGUGAUGAACCAAUAGAACAAAGAGGAAGUUUUAAAAGGGCAUACAAGCAGCAAAUUAUGAAAUCAGUUAUCUGUACAAACGUUUGGCUGUGCUAGACAAUUUAAAAUGCUGAGUGGACAAUUAAGUUCGGCAACAGCACAAAGGGUACAUCCUAGUACUGUAAUUCUGUAAAAUAAAACAAUAGUUAAAAAGAAGUAAAAAGCACAGUUUGCAAACUAAUUUACUUUUUAAUUAUAAAUACUUAGACUUCUUAGAAAAUCUGGUAUAAUUUACUAUCCUGGUACAAACUUUAUUUUAUUACGCAAACACCAUAACCAACAAGCAGCAAAUUAGGAAAUCAGAUAUCUGUACAAACGUUUGGCUGUGCCAGGCAAUUUAAAAUGCUGAAUGGACACUUAAGUUAGGCAACAGCACGUAGGGUACAUCCUAAUACUGUAAUUCUAUAAAUAAAAUAGAAAUUAAAGGAAUAGUUAAAAAGAAUUAAAAAGCACAGUUUGCAAACUAAUUUACUUUUUAAUUAUAAAUAAUUACAAAGAAAAUCUGGUGUAAUCUACUAUCCUCCUGGUACAAACUUCCUUUUCUUACGCAAACACCAAUCACCAACUUAUUAUGUUAGUGAUGGUUGGUGGUGAUGCUGUCAAUGGAUUGGGGUUUUGCAACAGGAAGUGUGCACAGUCUAAAACUAUGAGGGCGUGUGAGUAAUGGUUCCAGUCAGAAAGAAAAAAGAAAUCUCACUGGACUGAUAUCUACUGGAUCUUAUUCAGCUUUUGCAUAUUUCUGAAGACCCAUUAUGAGUUUCCUUCCUGCUGAAAAACUAGUGCUUGUUCUACAUUUAACCAUAGUUCUGCUGAUCCUACCAACACUUACAGAUGCUGGAGUCGUCUGUUUAGAAAACUUAAGGGUUGUCAACGGAAGCAAUCGGUGUAAUGGCAGAGUGGAAGUCUUCCACAAUUGGCAAUGGAGGCGGGUGUGCAGCAGUGACUGGGGCAAGGAGGAAGCAGAGAUACUGUGCAGAGAAUUGAACUGCGGUUCUCCUAGCAAUGCGACUGCAGCACAGACGUUUGGAGAAGCUCAUGACCUGCCUGGAGUCAAGACCAAUUGCUUUGGAAACGAGAGCUCCUUUUCACAGUGCACCUUUCAAGAAUUCAAGGAAGACUGUAUUGAUGCUACAGUUUUCUGUACAAACAGUAAACCAGUCCGUCUAAAGAAUGGGACCCAUCGAUGCUCUGGGCGGGUGGAGGUCUACCACAACGGACAGUGGGGAACUGUUUGUGACGACAGAUGGGACAUGCAGGAUGCAGUGGUUGUUUGUCGACAGAUGAAUUGCGGGAACCCGGUCGCAGUCAAGGACCAAGCCCACUUUGGCACAGGUCAGGAUCAGAUGUGGUUGGAUGACAUUGACUGUAUUGGUAAUGAAAGUAGCCUGACUGACUGCCCACAUGGAGGCCUCGGACAACAUGACUGCGACCACUCUGAAGAUGCAGGUGUUAUAUGCUCAGAAAAUGUCAGACUGCUUGAUGGACCCAACUUGUGCUCUGGCAGACUGGAGGUCUUCCACAACGAUACAUGGGGGAGGAUCUGUUCAAAUAACUGGAGCAGCAAAGAGGCUGCAAUGGUGUGUAAAGAACUCAACUGUGGCACUCCCAAAGAAACCCAAGAGAGCUUUGGCGCUGGUAGCAGCGAGCUGGGAAAUUAUACGAGCACAUGCUCUGACAGUGUGAGCUCCAUUGCCCAGUGCACACUUCAACAGCACUCAGGAACAUGCAACAGUGUUUUUGUGUCGUGUGCAGAGCUGAAGCUUGUGAAUGGCCCAAACCGCUGCUCCGGCAGGGUGGAGAUUCUGCAUGACGGCCAGUGGGGAACGGUGUGCCACGAUGACUUUGACAUGAGAGACGCCCAGGUGGUGUGCAGGACCAUGGACUGUGGGUCACCUCAGACCAUCAAACACAGAGCGUUCUUCGGUGAAGGUGAAGGAGAGAUAUGGCUGGAUGAUGUAAACUGCUCCGGCAAUGAGACAUCUCUUGUGCACUGCCAACACCGGCCCUUUGGAGAGCGUAACUGUGGCCAUGGAGAGGACGUUGGUGUGAUAUGUUCAGAUUCCAUUCGAAUGCUUAAUGGCACUGACCAUUGCUCGGGCCGGGUGGAGGUCCACUACAAUGGUCACUGGUCACCAGCGUAUAACUUCAACUGGGGAAUGAACGAAGCCCGAGUGGUGUGUCGAGAAAUUAACUGUGGCGAUCCUGUUCAGGCCGCAGGCUUGUUUGGUGAGAGUGGAGAUUUGAGGGGGUAUAAAAUUAGCUGCAGUGGAGCGGAGAGGUUGCUGACACAGUGCACACUCAGAGACUACAACAGAACCAGCAGUGACCAAAUUCAAGAUGCAACAGUCCAAUGUUCAGGCAAUGUGAAAUUAUCCAAUGGGCCGACUCGCUGUGCUGGAACAGUGGAGCUGUACGACAAAGGCCAGUGGGGCACUUUGUGCUCUGAUACCUGGGAUAUGAAAGAUGCAGAAGUGGUGUGCAGGCAGCUGGACUGUGGAAAAGCUCAUAAAAUUAGUACCAACUAUAUGUCUGGGCAAACCGGACAAUUUGAAUGUAAUGGACAAGAGGUUGCGUUGUCACAGUGCCCACAAAGAUCUUUACAAGACAGAGACAGAACUUGCAAUAUAACUUCAGCUGCCAGUGUUGUCUGCACAGAAAAUCUGGAGUUGCGGCUGGUUAAUGAUGAGAAUGAGUGCUCUGGCAGAGUAGAGGUCCGACAUGGUGCGGACUGGAAAACUGUGUGUGACACAGACUGGACCAUGAAGAAGGCUGAGGUUGUGUGUGAGCUGCUGGAGUGUGGCCACGCCGUUAAUGCAACCGGUGCUGCUGCAUUCGGCCAAGGCAGCGGGUCAGUGGUGGACACCAAGGAUUCCUGUUUUGACAAUGUGACGGCUCUGCAGCAAUGCUCGGUCAAAGGUUUCACAGCGGGAACAUGUGGGCAUGAACACGACGCUGGUGUUCUCUGUUCUGGUGAGUAUGCACAGAUGAUAUCCUCUGGGUGGAUGCCAAUUCUGAAAAUUGUAUGUGUUUCUCAUGCAGCACAGCUCCGUUUGAUAAGCACUUUCAGCCAAUGCGCCGGCAGAGUGGAGAUCCUCCAUAAAGGCCAGUGGGGGACUGUGUGUGAUGAUGAGUGGGAGAUGAGCAACGCCUACGUGGUGUGCAAGCAGCUCGGCUGUGGCAAUGCAGUGUUUGCUCCCAAGUCUGCUUACUUUGGUGAAGGCACUGGACCGAUAUGGCUCGACGACGUGGAAUGUUCGGGUCAAGAGGCCACUCUCAUGCACUGCAAGCAUCACGGGUUUGGAGCAAAUAACUGUGGGCACAGUGAAGAUGCUGGUGUCAUCUGUUUAGGUUCUCUAGACAAGCCCCAGAUCACCUUGAGUCCUGGUCCGGAGGUGAACUGGGGCAACAAAGUUGAAAUCACCUGCACUAUAGGAAAAGAGCACUUAGGUGGAACAUUUGUCCUGAGAAAGACACAAGAAUCCACCAAAUUGGAGAUGUUCUCUGAACAUGAAGCUGCUACCUUCAUCUUUUCUAAAGUGAACUUCAACCACACAGGAUCGUACUUCUGUGAAUAUCACAAGAAACUGCCAAAUGAAGUCACUCAAUCAAUCCCCUACCCUGAGGGAAACAUUGUUAAUCUUUCUGUCACAGUGAAACUGGAGAAGCCCAGCAUCUCCCUGACGUCUCCUCAGGCCAUGAUGAUCUACAGCCCAGACAAGAUAUCUGUCACCCAGGGAAGCAGCUUCUCCAUCACCUGCUGGACUCAUUCCACAUAUGGGAAAGGCGUUUUCCACCUGAUGAGGUCUGACAAGCAAAUGAGUGAAACUCAGCCGGCGUUCACUCACUUAAUUUUCAGUGAGGCCAACUUUGACUUUCCGAAGAUAGGCUAUAAACACCAAGGAGAGUACACCUGUGUCUACAAUGUUAACAUCUCCUCAUCGCCAUUCUGCUCUGCUCCUUCCAAGACUCUCCAAGUCACUGUACAGGCCCCGUCAUCCUCAACUGUCGGAGGAGUUGUCGGAGGUGUUGUGGUCCUGCUGGUAGUGCUGGUUAUAGGAUACCUGGUCUGGAGAAAUAGAUGGUGUGUUGCUGGUACAACAAUUCAGUUUCGAAACAGGCUCGCAGCAGCAAUCAAGCCAAGCGAUGGACGUCGCAAUACAGAAUCUAACAAUCAAGAUACGAGCAACACGGAUGAGAGCACCCCCGAAGACGUGGCUGGGAAAGUGUGCUAUGAGCUCGAACCACUUGUUUGUACAGGGCAUAAAUGAAACACGACCCAAAGAAAAAUACUGACUGUUUCAUGCAUUGUGUAAAGUAUAUUUCUAAAUAGUUAAACAGUGCUUUUCUUUCUGAAAAAAAUAAGGAAAUUUCUAAGUCACCCAAAACUUUUGAAUGGUAGUGUAUGUCUCCUUCCUUGAGAUUGAGAAUGGCACGUGUGGACAUGAAUGUAAAUAAAACUGCCAAUCGUU